UAGUUGAAAACUAAAAACAAAAAAAAGUGAAGUUUUAAAAGAGAAGAAAGUUUCGUAUAGAUAAUUGGCCUUUUGGGGGCCUCAAAUUAUCCUAUAAUAACAACACCCACACACUCUCUCACACACACACACACACAUACACACACCGAGCGACAAGAUGCAUACUUUAUUCAGUGAUCAGAACUCUUUCUCGCGCCAUUAUGCCCAAACGGCCGCCGGUUAUAGCUCUGCCUCGGCCGUGGCGGCGGCCAGCUCGGCAUCAGCAGCGGCAGCAGCUCAUUAUGCCUACGAUCAGUACUCGAGAUAUCCAUAUUCGGCCAGUGCUUACGGUUUGGGUGCACCACAUCAGAAUAAGGAGAUUGUAAAGCCACCGUAUUCGUAUAUAGCCCUAAUUGCCAUGGCCAUACAGAAUGCAGCCGACAAGAAGGUCACAUUGAAUGGCAUCUAUCAGUAUAUAAUGGAGCGAUUCCCCUACUAUAGGGACAACAAGCAGGGCUGGCAGAAUUCCAUACGUCACAAUUUGAGUCUCAACGAAUGCUUUGUCAAGGUGGCACGCGAUGAUAAGAAACCCGGCAAGGGCUCAUACUGGACCCUGGAUCCCGAUUCGUAUAAUAUGUUCGAUAACGGUUCGUUUUUGCGCCGACGUCGCCGUUUCAAGAAGAAGGAUGUUAUGCGAGAGAAGGAGGAGGCCAUCAAGCGGCAGGCGAUGAUGAACGAAAAGCUGGCCGAGAUGAAACCAUUGAAACUGAUGACCAAUGGCAUAUUGGAGGCCAAGCAUAUGGCCCACUUUAAGAAGGAACCCCUCAUGGAUUUGGGUUGCCUGAGCGGCAAAGAUGUCUCGCAUGCUGCCAUGCUGAACUCAUGUCACGACAGUCUGGCCCAAAUGAAUCAUCUUGCUGGCGGUGUCGAGCAUGCUGGCUUCACUGUCGACUCACUGAUGAAUGUCUAUAAUCCGCGUAUACAUCACAGCGCCUAUCCAUAUCACUUGAAUGAUGAUAAUUUGGCCACAGUGGCGGCCAGUAGUCAAAUGCAUCAUGCCCAUCAUGCGGCAGCCGCCCAUCAUGCCCAGCAAUUGCGUCAUGUGGCCCAUGUAUCGCAUCCCCUAACACCAGGCGGCGGCGGUGGUGGUGGCGGUGGUGGCAGCGGUGGUAACUUGGGAUCUGCUGGACCAAAUAACAGUGGCUUAACAUCAUCGGGACAUUCACCAACCACCAUUACAACACCACAUGGACCAGCGCACGGGGGUUGGUAUACCCCAGAGACUCCACCAUCGGAACCCAUACCCACAAAUGGUGGACAAACUGGCACGCCCACUCAUUCAAGCAAUACAAAUAAUAAUAAUAACAAUAGCAACAAUAACAACAACUCGAGUAUCAAUCACAAUCAUCUAAAUGGUGGCGGCGGCGGCGGCGGUGGUGGUCCCCUCCCCUCAUCGGUGAUCCUAACCAGCAGUCCAACAUCCGCAUUGGGUUUCCGUGAUAUGAUUUUCGAGCAGCAACAAUCAUGCCAAUUGGAUACUGGAAGUCCCAACGGCAGCAUACAAUCAGCCAGUCCGCCAGCAUCGAUGCCCAGCAGUGUGGCUGCCGCAUCGGCAGCAGCGGCAGCGGCGGUCAUUAGCAGCCAUCAUCAUCAUCAUCAUCAUCAUGCGUUGAGCGGGAAUCUGGGACAUCAGCUAAGCAAUCUCAGUCAUUAUCGGCCACAUGUGGGACACUAUCAGGAGUAUGGCAUUAAAUAUGGUGUCUAAAUGGCAGGCGAUCCGAUCCGUCCUCUCCCGAAUCCUUUCUCCUGAUCUUGCCCUGUCCCGCCCCGCCCUGCCCUGGUUGCACCAAAGUCUAGCUGUGCUCUCUUGUAUAUUUCCGUUGUAAAUAUAUUGUCAAGCAUGAUCCACAGCUCUUUAGAAAGUA